CAGCAACCUCAAGCUCAGACGCAACCGCAACAGCAGGGCAACGUCAGGCACAUACCGAUCUUCGUGGAAGGCAGAGACGAGCCCGUUCUGACGAAAAGUUUCGACGAGCCGCAUUACAGGAGAGAAGCUUCUCCUCCUCGCACGCAGUUCCACGCGCCGCCUCCUCAUUUCCAGAGGUCGCCGCAUUUCGCGGAGUCGCCUUUCGGCAGGUCCCAUCAGUGGUCAGCGAAUUUUCAAGAUCCGUUCUAUCCGAGCCAGACCAGCUUCGAGCAACCCUCGCGCAGGCAACAGCAACAAGCUCACGGCUAUCAGCAGCAACAUCCUAGACACCAGCAGCAAUACGAGCAGCCGCAACCGCGCAAACAACAGUACGCCCAACAGCCUCAACAGCAAAACGACCACCACCACCACCAACAGCAGCAGCAGCAGCAACCGCAGCAACAACAACAGGAACCGCCUAAACCGAAGCCCGUCGUUCCGAAGGAUCCGUUGGAGAGGGUAGCCCUCGUGCAGAAAGAGGUCGACGCUCUGGCGGAGCAAGUGAAACUAUACAGCGGGAACUCGAGGAAAGACAAAGAGUACAUAUACCUCGACGAAAUGCUGACCAGAGAGCUGAUCAAACUGGACGACAUCGAAACCGAGGGCAGGGAAAACGUGAGACAAGCGAGGAAGAACGCUAUAACGAGCAUACAGGAGACGAUCGGCCUGCUCGAGUCGAAGGCUCCUAUCGUCCCUUCGCAGCCGACGUCGCCGGUAGCGACGGAAGACCGGGCUCCCUUCGAUUCCGAGAGCCAGCCCGCCGAAGCCAUGGACGUGGACAGGAAGCAGGAGGAACGGCUGAACGAACCCAUACCGUUGCCGCCCGUCCCCUCUGCCGCGAGCAACGAGCCCGAAGGAGGCUGCGAACAGAAGAAGCCGGUCGACGAUCCGGCCUCGAGCAACGAUGCCGCCGAGCCUUCCGGAGAACCGAUGGACACCGCUUCGGUGGACAAGUCCGCGGAACCACCGGUCGCUUCGAUGGAGGUGCAACAGAGUUCGGAGCAAGCUAAGCCUCCCGUCGACGAUGGGAAGAAGGUCGACGCCGCCGCCGCCGCCGCCGCCGCCGCGUCGAAGGAAAACACCGCGAACGACGCGCCCGGGGACAACGAACAGCAGGAGAAUCGAGUCUCGAACGAAAUCGCGCCGGAGAACGAUUCGCGAGCACCGAACCCGCCGAACGAUCCCCGAGACGGGCAACCGGCGACCGAAGACGGGCUAGCUCCCUCGAACACGGACACCACUGCCGCCGACCAGAAGACGCUCGAGGAGCAGGUCCCGAAAGAGAAACCCGAGAAGAAGCCCGCCGACGAGAAGAUGGAGGUGGACGGUAACGCGAAGCAGUCGCCGAAGACUACCAAGCGGGGAAAGAAGACGAAGAAACAAGCCGCCGGCGGUGUCGCCGCUACCGCCACUUCGGUCUCCGACAAGCCGAUACCGUUGCCACCGCCGGAGAACACGGAAACGGACGCCAAGUAGGGAAGACGAGUCGACCGCGCUUUCUUUUAAAGGAUACACUCUCUUCGAUCGCGUCGCGUCGCACCUUUUAUCUCUGUAAUUUCAAUGUUUAACGUUUAACAUUUAACGUUUCACAUUUAACACUUAACACUUAACACUUAACACUUAACAUUUAACGUUUAACGUGUAACGUUUACUGCCGAUUCGAAGCGUCGUGGAUCGACGCGUCCCCGGUGUCGGCGGUCGUUUAUUCUCCGUAAGGAAACAGCGUAUGGAGCAACGAACGUCCUUUUUCUUUUUUUCUUUUUUCUUGGUUCUCGUUUGUUGUUUCUUGUUCCCUGUUCGCGGUAUCACCGUUGCUGGCGCCGCUACUUGCAUUUCGACGAUUCCGGCUAGCGAGACCGGCACGCGGCGCAACGGCAACGGUGAAAACCGACCGAACCGCGAAGAAGAAACAUUUCACGAGACCGAAUUAUUUAUUCCCUUAGCUGCAUCGAAAUUGAACAUUCUUCCGCGCCCCCUCUUGUUUCUUUCUGUCGCGAUUCGUCGCGAUUCGUCGCGAGGGAACGGUGUAACGGAGCGCGGAGGCGUUCCCCGUGAACGCGAACGCGAACGCGAACGCGAACGGGAACGGAACCGCAACACCGAUAUCUACUUUUCUUUGUUUUGUCUGCCGCUCGGUGUCGACGAUCGAACCGAAGAACGCGCGCAGUCGACCCGUGUUCGAAGCUUGACCGCUGAAAGGGGGUUGAGCACCGUCUUUUCAGCGUGAAUCUUUUUAAUAUCGACGAUUCGUGAACGCGUUGAGAUCGUCGGGGAUGAACGUUCUCGAACGGAACCAAAUCCGUUUCUAGUAUUACAGCGCGAAGUCCGAUCGACGACUAACUCUGAUAUAACGAUUAUUCUUGUUAUAAUUAUUAUUAUUAUUAUUAUUAUUAUUAUUAUUUAUAAUUUAUUAAAGAUCCGUUCGCGCUGAAUAUAGGCUUCGUCCGGUUUCGUCGACGAAACGCUCCUGCGUAUACGAACCGUGUACAUAUUGUUAGGAUUGUAUGUGCUCGACCUGUGAGAAACGAUGCACCCCGUGUUCGAGUCAUUUUCAACGUUGACGAGGAGGCGAGAUUUCGCGGCUAGUUUUCUCAUUAACGCGACGCCGAAUCGGGCUGCAUUGUUUUAUGGUUCCUUGUUCAGGGUGAUACUCAUUAUUAUUUUCGUCAAUUUCUUCUUUUUUUUUUCUCUCUUUCUUUU